CCUCCCUGCCCCUUUUGGGCGGAGAGACCUGGAAGAGAUCACUUAUGUCAGGGGCCAGCCUCUGGAUGGGAGGUCAGAGACCCUGGAUAGUCCAAAGUUCCUCAGAAGACCAAGUAGAGCAACGGCUGGAGUCCUAAGGAGAAAGGCUGAAGGGAGGUGGCUAUGAUGGGUUACUCUGCCCUAGCCACAAAAAUCCUGCUGGUGGGGCUAGUGAUUAUUACUGCUGCACUAGCAGAAGUGACUGAGAACAAGACCCGGAUAUGCCAGCCUGCACCACUUUGGAAGAUCAAUGGGACUGUUCCAAUGGCUGGCAUGGAGGGUCAAGUAACCGUGGUGGUCCUGUUGAAAGCCAGCUGACAGUUCUGUCUCAAGCAGGCUGCCAACCUUGGUGGCUUGCAGAAGAAGCUGUCCAAUGAAGGGGUGACCAAUGUCAGCUUCCUGAUUGUGAAUGAGAAGACUCCUUUCUCCAGGGCUAUGUACUGGGAGCUUAAACGACAUGCCCCUCAAGGCAUUCCUGUUUACCAGCAGCAGAUCUUGGAACCCGAUGUCUGGCAAAUUCUAGAUGGGGACAAGGAUGACUUCCUGAUUUAUGACAGAUGCAGCAGGCUCACUUUCCACAUACAGUUGCCAUACAGUUUUCUGCACUUACCAUAUGUUGAAGCAGCUGUGCGCUACACAUACCAGAAAGACUACUGUGGCAAUUGUUCCUGGUAUUAUUCUAAGAGCAGCCAGGAGGAGGUGAAUAGCACAGUAACUACUCAGAUGACAGCAACAACUGAAGCUGCCAGGAUCAAAGAGAAAAACCUACCAAGUCACAAGCAUGAAGAAAAGAGCCAAGAGGCACCUAACACUCAGGACAUAGUCCCCCAAUAUUCACAACAUGAAGAAAUGAGCAGUCAGAAAGCUUUGUAUUUGACCAGUACAGACCAACCAUUUCAUCACACUCAGAGCCACCCAAAGAAACGCCAAACAAAAGAACCCUAGUUAAAUGUUUUAAAUUACAUGGAAAUAAAACCCAGCUUUUAGACAUACAUAUACUAAAAAAGGGCAAAAAAUUAAGCAAGCAAUAUAAAAGAACACAAUAAAAAUGCACCAGCCAAGAAAAAAAAAACAUGAUGGUUCAAUUUUCAGCUGAUCAAGGGAAUAGAAUAUCCCAAUUCCCUGCCUAGAAUAACUCUUUGAUAGCAAGAGUAUAACACAGUCUUUUGAUUUCUGAUGUCUACUACUGGAAAGUAUAACAAGGCAUCCCUGAUGAGAACUGUUUCGUCAUUUUGAAUCACUUGGCAGUUACACACAAAUUAACUCAUUCCAUUCCACAAAACCAAGGGUGCCAAUUUAUCACCUCUGGACAUAAUUUUAGGGCUUCUGGAAUUUCUGUUGAGGAUUGCCUCAAGUAACUGUCUUACCUUCUGGAAAACAAACAGAUGUUACAGUCCUCACUUCUGCUGGAAAGACCUUUCUAACCCCCACUUCCAUUUGCUUUUCCUGCUUUUCUGCACUUAAUGAAGCAUGUGGUGUAAACUAGAAUAUUGCAGUCACCACAGGCAGACACUUUGCAGAAGAGCGUGUAUACAAGUGGAAGGAUGGGAUCAAAAACUGUAUUUGCAGGAGGGUGACAUCAGAGGACAGAAAUCAGCAAAGGCUAACUGUGGACCUGAAACACAAGUUGUUGGUUUUUUUUACACUAAGGAUCAUGCACAUGUAUUGUUAGCUUGAAGACUGCCUUUUGUUUUGUUGCUCCAUGGAAUGAGCAUCUGAGGUUUGUGAGAACGGAGCUGGAGAGAUGGAAUACCGAUAUGUUGAAACUACACAUAGCAGGGAGGUUUAGAUGAGGUUGGAGUAAGUGAUUAUGUGUUAAGAGUUAAGAGUUAAUCAGGGAGGAAAAAUCUUCUGUACUAUUUACCAGAGAAUUAAUAUGGUUAAAAGUGGUAAAACUAUCCGGGGGGAAAUUAUGGAAAUAAAUUUUCUGAAAUGAA